AUGAGUGCCAUAAGGUUCACGCUUCGAGGGCUCGCCUCUGCCGAUGGGCUCAGCCCUAGGCAGCGUUAUGUCCAAACUCUCACGGAGUACCUCCAGCCUAAUAGCACGACCCGGACGGAAGCGGCCGCUAAGUCAAUUGACACGUUGAGCCCACUCAAGCAAGAAGAUGGCGAGCCCAGCAGCACUGAGGACUUCGUGUGGGGAUUCUGGGAUGAUAUCGAUCAGAUUGCGCGUCAGAUACCGCAUAACCACGCAGCUCAGGAUAAGCUCGUCGAUGUUAUUCGGGAGCUGAAAGCUCUGCCGCCAACCACGAUCACUGUUUGGGGCAACGAGCAGCGUCUCUGGACUGAUUUGCCUCUCGCAGGCCCAGUGUUCCGAGAUGCGUGGGUUGGGCCUCAAGAGGGCGACAAAUCAUCCCAAGAUCAAUGGGUGAACAAGAAUGCCUUCUUUGCUCGUCUAUUUGGAACCAGGACCGUGUCCUGGAAGCCGAAUUUUGCAGUAUGGACAAUGAGAGACGCCUUGGAAUCAAGUGCAGAAUAUGCCGGAAAGUAUCUGUAUGAGUGGACGCUCAAUGGUGAAAGCGACGAGGAGUUUGUCAAUGUCACCAGCUCGGGAGAGCUGUUCAGUGGCUCAGCUGGUCUAAACAGCGAGAGAUGGACGUUCUGGAAGACCAGAUUCGAGAGUAUAUCGAGCGAAUUAGAGACGGAGGAGUCAACAAACAGGGCGCGAGAAGCUGCCAAGCAAAUGGCAGCAAUUGAUGGCAGCAGUUAA